GGCUCUCUAGCUGUGAGAGCACUUAAGCUGCACCUGUUCAUCUUAGCCAGCUGUUUAACUCGACAAGCAACGUGAAAACUGCUUGGAGAAAGAUGCUUGAGGCCUCUCUGAUCUUCUGACAUCUGUGACUAGCUGUCACUGAAGAACUAUGCGUGACAGAACCUGAAGGCUAUGCAGAAUACAGAAUUGCAGAAUACAGAAUUAAAGAAUACAGCUCCUGAGCUCAUACCCCACAGCGUAUGUAUUUCCUCUGCCUAUGGAUGCUACUGCUACCAAGCACACAUCUUCUUUCGUAACACCAGGCACUUUUCUGGAAAUAAAAUUCACAAAGCAAUCCAACACAUUUUCAUCCAGGAGUGUAAACCAAGACUGAAUUUCCAAGGCCUGGACAUCUUUUCUUACUUUCAUUCAGUGUUCCUCUGCAAAAGAUGCUAAUAAACUCAACAGACAACUCAACCAACCCUCACUCAGCCCCUCUAGGUGUGUUGCUGGGAAGCAUUUCGCUGAUCACUAUUGUCAUGAAUAUAUUAGUCCUAUAUGCUGUGAAAACUGAAAAGAAGCUGCAAACAGUUGGCAAUUUAUACAUUGUCAGCCUCUCUAUUGCAGACCUUAUAGUUGGUGCAGCUGUUAUGCCUCUGAAUAUUGUUUAUCUCCUAAGUGGUGUGUGGACUCUGGGCAUACCAGCCUGUUUGUUCUGGCUGUCAAUGGAUUAUGUGGCCAGUACUGCAUCCAUUUUCAAUCUCUUCAUAUUGUGCAUUGACCGUUACCGUUCCGUUCAGCAACCACUGCAAUAUCUCAAGUAUAGAACAAAAAUGAGAGCAUCGCUCAUGAUUUUGGGGGUGUGGUUGCUCUCUUUCAUGUGGGUGAUUCCAAUCUUAGGUUGGCACGUUUUUGCUAAUAACGGGGAAAGGAGAGUGGAAGAAAGCAAGUGUGAAACUGAAUUCUCUGAAGUCACCUGGUUUAAAGUGCUGACAGCCAUUGUCAAUUUCUACAUCCCCUCUAUCAUGAUGUUAUGGUUCUACUAUAAAAUAUUCAGAGCUGUUCGAAAACACUGUCAACACCGAGAGCUCAUCAAUGGAUCACAUCAGUCUCCCUCAGAAAAAUCCACCAUACAACAUAGUAAGACGAAGGACAAGGAAAAUAUUUGCCUCCAAAAGCAAAUCUUACAUGAGAACGACUCUCCCGAAGACAAGCCAAGCUCCCCUCAGCCCAGAGAUACGGAGGCAGAGCUUAAUUUCAGUAACUCUGACAAAUCUGCAAAGGCAUUCGUUGGCAAGAGCAAUAGGAAAGUCCUUAAAUGGAGCUGUUUUCCUCUCACCACUGUCCAGUCUGAGGCAUGCCUGGAUAACGCAGAAAAGAAGAACGUGUGUGCAACAGAAGAGAAUGAAAAUGAAGAGGAGCCUUGCUCACAAGACAGUGACUUAAGCGAUGCAUCAGACAACCAGACUUUCACAGAGGAUAUACUCUGUGAAAAAUACCCCAAUCCUAACCCUGAAAGAGCCUGCAGUCCUCAGGAAAAGACUGAGAACAGGGAUUUCAGAGGACUGACUUACUUGAGGAAAACCUGGCGAAACCUGCAUACCCAGUCCAAAAGGCACACUCAAGGACUGCACAGGAACAGGGACAGGAAAGCAGCAAAGCAGUUAGGGGUCAUAAUGGCAGCCUUUAUGCUGUGCUGGAUUCCCUAUUUUGUGCUAUUUAUGGUAAUAGCUUUCCAUGGCCAUAAACAAUUUUCACAUUUACACAUGUUCACUAUAUGGCUUGGCUAUGUGAACUCCACCUUGAAUCCAUUCCUGUAUCCUCUUUGUAACCAGAAUUUCAAGAAGACGUUCAAAAAGAUCCUUCACAUUCACUAAUAUUGGUCUGGUUUUUUUGAGCUCAAGAGUUCAACCAAACAAAAUGUUCCAGUUUCACUGAAUUUCACUGAAUUUUUUAGAGUUGGAAGGGACCAUAGAGAUCAUCUAGUCCAACUCCCCUGCUGAAGCAGGAUUGCCUAGAGCAUGUUAA